AUGGCGGCUAGACUAUAUAAAGUAAAAAAACGGAGGUUAACCAGUACUAAUUUAUCAGUUCAAAUAUAAGAAUGUCUACAUAUUUUUAGUCAUUGAAGAACAUAAUGCUCGAAGCUUGAAGAGUUUUCACUCAGUAAACGGUCAACAAGUUAGUAAUAUAUCCCGCUUUCAGGAUCUGAUCUACACCGAAAACGCUGACCUUGCUUUUGUAACGGAAACCUGGUUACAUAAAGACAUUGAGAACGCUGAAUUACUCCCAACUGAAUACGAGGUUUUCAGAAAGGAUAGAGAAAGUCGUGCGGGCGGAGUGUUAUUAGCGGUAAAAUCGGGUUCGUUUACUUCAGUCCAUGAAAUAGUCCAUGAAAAGUGUGAUCUUGAAUUAAUUUCCGUGGAACUCACUACCAUAUCAAGAACUAAACUGUGCAUUUGCUGUUGCUACAGACCACCAAACUCCAACAGAAAUUGGUUUCAACUAUUUGAUUCGUACCUCGCUUACUUGUCGGCGAGAUAUGACGAUAUUCUCAUUUAUGGAGACUUUAAUCUACCUAAAAUUAUUUGGGAUUCUCCAGAUCAAACUACUGGUGUUGAUGAGAUUCAAUUCACUGAACUCUUGAAUGACUACUUUCUGUCGCAAGUAAAUCACCAACCAACAAGAGCUAACAAUAUCUUAGAUCUAGUCAUCACUAGUGUGCCAGAGAAAGUACAAGUUGAUGCCAUUCUGCUACCACAGGAAAGCGGAGUUAUCACGGACCACAAUUGUCUCAUCUUCCAUGUGAAAGCGACCGUGAUAGCACCAGUUAAGUUGAAUAGAUAUGUCUAUGACUACCAGAAAGGCGAUUUCGAAGGUCUACGCUCGAACUUGCAGAAUAUUGACUUUUCCAACAUCGUGGAAAGUAAUACUGAUGUAAACAGAGCCUGGUUGGAAUGGAAAGAAAGGUAUAUAGCCGUAGUACGUACCUUUAUUCCUUUGAGAAAGAUAAAAGGCAAGCGCUCACCACCAUGGAUAACUGGACAUAUAUUGUAUAUGAUUCGAAAGAAGGAAACGUUACGUAAAAAGCUGAGAAGUUCGUCUUCAAGUUUCUUGAUUGCCAAGUUCAAGCAACUACGGUUGGCAGUCAAAC